UGUUCUGCUAUCUCCGUCUUCUUCCUCCCGUUUCAGAUUUCUUCUUCUUCUUCUUCUCCAAGUGUUCAACUCCGAUUCCUACCCGCUGGUCCACGACAAUUGGUACUCAGAGCCGUGUUCCGGUCAUCCCUCUGCGGAUUUCACUCAGAAAUUUUUUUCUCACCGUGUGUUCUUCAUUCCUGACCUCGACUGCCUCAUCGGCGUUUCAGGUCGCUCCGCCGGUUUCGCCCCGAUUCCGGCGUCCUCGCCCCGCCCACCGACUUCCAGUCGGCGGCGGCCACCGCCACGCGCCGGUUAGCCAUUUCGGCGCCGUCGCCCACCCACUUCCCUCGCGCCGCUUAGGUAUAGACUUGGGGAACGAAUUGGCACAGGUGACGCGGGGGUGGCUUCGCUCUGGCUCCACGCAAGCCCACCAAGUUUGAAGCCCAGAUGUCGACGGCCAUGGAAGAUCUGGCGAAGAAGUUUGAUGGCUUCGACUCCGUCAUGACCAAGGUGUUGGACAAGCUCACGGCGCUCGAAGCGUGGAAGUCUACGGCAAGCGCCUCCAUGGACCAGUUGCUGGCUCAAUCCGAGCGCACGGCACACCGCGUCGACACCAUCGAGUUCAUCCCUGCCCCGGUACCCGUGCGUCCUCCUCCACGGCCAGCGACUGCUCCGCCGCAACCUCCACCGAGGUGGACCAACCCCUUUGACCUGAACUCGGCUCCCCAUCACGAGAUGCGCCCACCUGCAUCCUCGUCGGGGCGGCCCAGCGGGCACCACGUCGCCACCAAUCACCGGGAUGUUGGCGGUGGAAUCCUUGGUUCCCACCCGCCACACCCGGUCACGGGAAGAAGAAUUGCAAUCCAAUAAGAAACGUCCUUGGGGCAAAUCUGAUGGCAAGGACUACAAGGCUGGUAGUAAGGGUUUCACUAUCAAUGACUCUAUCAAACCUGCCUUCAAGAAAGAGGAAUUCAAGAAGUCAGAUAGAGCUGUGUUGGAUGAAAAGUGGCAAGCUCGAAAGGAAUUCAGAAGAGCCAAUGGGUUGUGCUUUACUUGUGGUGAAAAGUGGGAUAAGAAACAUAAGUGCCCAGAUCAUGUAUCCAUCAGUGUUAUCCAGGAAUUACUGGAGCUUUUUCAGUUAGAUGAUUCUCCUGACUAUCCAUCUAGUGAUGAGGAAGAUGCCCAGUCGGUCAUGGCUGUUCAACCAGCUCUUCCUGAGGUACCUCCUGCUGCUAUUCCUAAGAGAUGGAAAACCAUAAGAUUCAGAGGUUUCAUUGGUAAAUUAGAGGUCCUCAUAUUGUUGGAUUCGGGCAGUGCUGGCACCUUCAUCAGCCAAGAGGUGGCUGCUUCUCUGUCGUCCUUAGUGCAACACUGUGCUCCAUUACAGUUGUUAGCUACAGAUGGUAGUCCUAUGUUGUCCUCUGAAUAUAUUCCUCAGUUGCAAUGGUGCAUUCAGGGCCACUCCUUUCAGUAUGAUACUAGGGUACUGCCCUGUUAACGGCCAUUAUCUCACGUUCUGACCGCCAACUUCUCGGGAAUAAAUUGAGUUUUGCACUAUGUCCUAUGCAUAUUUUAUUUGAUUCUAAUAAGUUCCACAAGUUUUGGAUGA